AGUUUCCUCGCGUUUACUUCCGAUGUGAGUCACUUACCGUUUUUACAGUUUUACAUGUUAUAUCGACUUUUUCAUAUUUCCAGAGCCCCCUCCAGUUAAUUAUCUUGGUACUUUACUGACGUCGAGGAAUUACGCCACUUUACCCCCUAGCCCAUACCAUAUACCCAGUGAGCGGUAUUUGAGAGGUAUUCAGCAGAAGUAUGUCAGACCGCCAACUCUUACUCUUGCUGCUGGUAUUCGCCUCCUACUACAUGCUUACCCAAGACACGCUGCUAAUAUACACUGUGCUCUACAGAGUACCGGAUCUGUUCAACUAUUUACGUGGAGUCGGAAAAAUUUCGCCAGAUGCGUCACAUUACUCCACAAAACAGAAGACUACACAUUUCGGAACUCACUUAUUCGCUCUUAUAGAGGACGGAGAUUCACAGACGAGACCGAGUGAGAAGACGUGGGGGAGCAUGUACGCUAUUGGGAGGUUGGAGGUAGAGGAGGACGGGAGUGCUAAUAUGGAGAUUAUAAAUAAUACCAUUUUGGAGUACAGCCUUGCCGAGGGUAACAGAGGUAUGGAGUUGUCAGAACUACAGAAGUUUGCAGGUGAACUGUUAGCGGUAGACGACAGGUCUGGAGUAGUCUACAGUAUAGAGAAUGAUAUUGUGGUUCCUAGAUACAUCCUGGUGGAUGGAAAUGGGCAUAGCAAGAAGGGGUUCAAAGGAGAGUGGAUGACAGUGAAAGAUCACGUGUUGUAUGUUGGAGGGUUUGGUAAACCAUGGACCACUCCCACGGGGGAUAUAGUAAACUACGACCCUAUGUGGGUCAAGGUGAUAUCUCCGGACGGUGUGGUGGAGCACAGGUUCUGGAAGAAAAACUACGAGGCUCUGAUGAGAGCUGCUGGUAUCAGUUACCCUGGUUACAUCUACUAUGAGGCUGUCUGCUGGUCGGCUAUACACGAGAAGUGGUUCUUCCUGCCCCGUCGUGUCAGUCCUGACAAAUACGACGACAAAAAGGACGAACAGCUGGGCUCCAACAUCCUGCUGGUAGCUGACGAACUGUUUAAAGAUAUUGAGAUCAGAUACAUUGGUCCUAAGAUACCCACUCAUGGGUUCAGUUCCUUCAAGUUCUUACCCUACUCUAAUGACAAUAUAAUAGUUGCACUAAAAACUGAGGAGGUGGAUGGCGCUGUUAAGACCUUCAUGACUUUGUUCACAGUAGAUGGUAAAACUACCUUAAUGUCAGAAACUUUAAUAGGAGAUAAAAAGUUUGAGGGCAUUGAGUUUUUGUAAAUAUAUAAAACAUUUUGUUAGUUUUAUUUAUAAAUACAGAUAAAGUUAUUUAAAUUUUCUGAUACCGCAUAAUUGAAUUUGAAUUUAUUUUUUGGAUUUUGAUUGUAUUGGAUUUGAUGGAACUUGCCGUGUUUACGUUAAAUUUCAAGUCAAACUUGAUAGUCUAAGUUAUCGAUCUGGAUACACGUGUCUGACGCGUGACAGUGAUUAACCGAUCAGUUUCCAGCGUAUGUAGACCAAUCAUAACCCAGAAUCACUGUCACGAGUCAGUCAAACACACCAGUAUCCAAAUCUAUAAAGAAAUUUAAUAUUCAAGCUGAAUUCUUGCCUCGAACCGAAAAAGCCAUCUUUAAGCUGAUUAAAUUUCCUAAGUUAUAUAUACGACUAAGAGUUUGAGUAACUUUUUUUGAUGAGAACUCAUUUAAAGAAAAUUGUAACUUGCUGGUUAUUAAGUUGUAAAGGUUUUUAACUAAA